UCCUCCUCUUUCUCUCUCUCUCCCCCUCACAUGCGCUGGCCUCAUGGGUGGCAGACGCCGUAAAUAAGCCCGAACGUCGGAGGCAUUCCUGCCUGGCUCCCGCCAAGCUCUCGCCGGAGCGGUAGCCGCAGGAAACAAGGGGAAUCGAUCUUGUUUCUGGUUUCCUCGCUGGACGGUGAUGGGGAACGCGGCCGCAAAGGAGGGAGAGAACGGCCACGGCGGGCCGAUGGAGGGAUCCGACCGCGACGCUGCUGUCCCCAGUGGCCCUCAGCAGGCGGUCGGCCAGAUGGCGUGCUCGCCGCCAGAGAGCCCCCGGAACUCCCGGUCCCCGCGCAUGAGCGCUCCCCAGAUUCCAGUAGCUCCAUUACAAAGAGCAGCUGAUACCCCUCCAGUUUUCAGUCAAACAUGGAUGAAUCACUCUGAUGGACCGUUUGACCCCCCAAUCGAAAAUGGAAUUGCUACGCUCAUUACUUGGGGCCAUGGAGGGAAGGAGGUUUUGGUUGAAGGAUCAUGGGACAACUGGACUUCAAGGAAAGCAUUGCAGACAUCAGGCAAAGAUCAUUCCAUCUUGUUGGUCCUUCCAUCUGGGAUCUAUCACUACAAGUUCAUUGUGGAUGGUGAAUUGAGGUUUAUUCCUGAUCUUCCUCACAUGGCUUAUGAAACUGGACACACUGUCAACAUUCUUGAUGUCUCUGACUACAUUCCUGAGAUUGUGGAAGGUGUUUCUGAAUUCGAGGCACCCCCGUCGCCCAACUCCAGCUAUGGUGGAUCAUUCCCAGUGGAUGAGGACUAUGCGAAGGAGCCACCAAUGCUUCCGCCCCAGCUUCACCUCACAGUUCUUGGCUCUCGAGAAGCCGAGGCAUCUUCUACAAAACCUCAGCAUGUUGUUCUCAACCAUCUCUUCAUUGAGAAAGGAUGGGCAUCGCAGUCACUGGUGGCCCUUGGUCUGACCCAUAGGUUUCAAUCCAAGUAUGUAACUGUGGUCCUUUACAAACCUAUGAGAAGGCAAUAGCAAAACUUACCGCAGAUCCAAGCUUCUUUGCUGUAUAGAACAGUAGCUUUUUCUUCCAACGUAGGUUUAGGGUGCAGUUGGAUUGCCACUAUCAACUCUUGUUUCUUCUUAUUUAAGUAUUAUCAUCACAUCCAUGUCCCGUUUGAUUCA